UAGAAUUGCCAUUGCACCCAAUUAAAACUUAUGCUCGCCAGGAGCUAGAGCAAUCAUCCAUUAGAACAUUUUACUCUCUUUGCAAUUGGAAACUCCCAAAACAUAUCUCUUUGUCAUGUUCCUAAUCAAGACGACAGGUAGGUUUGCAUUAUUUACAUAUGGCCAUCGAGCAUCCGAUUGUCAAUUUCUAAUCUUCAACUUGUCUACCAUUGGUUUUCAUAUUACACUGUAGGCCUUUCAGUUUCUCAACAUACAGAUACAAUCUAAAUCACGAGGCUCUAUCUUCUAAGCUGUAGGGCAUAUUGUUUUGUCAACAGACAACAGUAUAGUUUUCAACCCCUAAUAUUUGUGGAAGUGUUUAUACAUGACCAUGUGACACCUUCUUGAGCAAUGUCUUAACCAAUUGUUUCAUAGGCACUCGCUCGAAGAUUUUAGAGGAUUUUCACAUAUCAUCCUUCUAUAUAUACACCCCCAUAUUUUGAUCACAAGCCACAGCCAACUUAAGUCUUCAUAUUACAAACUCAAAGCUUGCUUCACAUUUUUCUUUCAAAGAAAACACAUCAAGGAAAAGCAAUGGCAAUUCGUCUGCCUGGUGCUGCCAAGUAUAUCCUCCGCCGGUCUGCUCAAACUGCAAACAAAAAAUCUUCAACAUCUUUAGAUGUACCAAAGGGCUUCUUUCCUGUUUAUGUUGGAGAAUCCCAAAAGAAGAGAUUUUUGGUUCCUCUAUCCUUCUUGAGCCAACCAUCGUUUCGAGAUUUGCUAAGCAAAGCUGAAGAAGAGUUUGGUUUUGAUCAUCCAAUGGGAGGUGUCACAAUCCCAUGCCAUGAAGAUUUAUUCUUGGAUGUUACUUCUCGCUUGAAUUGAUCAUAAUAGAGAAGC